AUGAAGGUUUUUAACGAUUGAAUUAAUUUAAGGCAAUUGGAAUCAAAAAACCUGAAUUUUCGAGGCAAAUCGACUGAUUUUCCGUCCAAUUUUUCAGGCGACUACUCGAUUUAAUAGAAUGGACUAUAUUAUCAUCUUCAAAGGAAUUCUCGGGACCAAUAGCUUCUUCAGCAUUUUAUUUUGUGGAAUUAGAUUUUUAAUCGAUUCUAGAACGACUUUGGUUUUUUGUUUUAAUUUCAAAUGGUAAAAAAAUGUGCGGAGCUUUGCAGUACCUCAGGUUUUCAAAAUAAACGACCUAUUUUUACAAAUUGUUCAAAAUAAGAAGCAGAUUGAACAAUGAACAAAAUUUACAGGAAUCUCAGAUCGACGAGAUCCCAGGUUCGGGUCUGACGAUCCCAGAGGAGCGACGCCGCGAGUUAUUGGGCGUGACCAGCGAGGACGAGAUCUCGGAGAGCAUUUCCGAGCUCCCUUCCUUUGCCGGCAGCAAACCGCGCCGCAAGACCGAGGUAUAAUCAUAACCAGUUGAUUAGGCUGGGAAUUAUCGAUUUUUGAUCUGGAAAAAAGUUAUUGAUUUUUGGUCUGGAAAAAGUUGUCGAUUUUUGGUCUUGAAGUUGAUCAAUUUUGGAAACCCUUCCAUUCAGAGAACUUUUAUCGAAAUUUCAGGCUCUUUUGAAAACAUUAAAGCUCAAAAAUUAGUAGAAAAGGCAGUAACCGGGUUAAAUAUUGAGUUUGAAUCAAUUAGACGUCUCAUCGAUUUUUUUUUUCGUUCAAAAUAAAAUAAAAUAAUCUCUUUGAGAUGCAAAAUGACCUGUCAAUCAUCAAUUGAAAAAAAAGAUCAAUUUUCUUUUAAGAACUGAAGAAAGUCCUGUGGUUCUUAUGAAACUCAUUUUCUCAAAGAAAUUCGGUUUCCUGAGAUUUUUGGAAGUUUUUAAUAUUUAGGCCCUCAAAAUCUGUAACUGUUAGAUUUUAAUGGUCUCAAUUUGAAGAUAUUUUUACCUUUGAAAGUUGAGAGGUCUAUUUUUUGCCUUUUACGGCUCUGUACAAACAAGAAAAUUUUCACGUUUUGUCAAACUUCAUUCCUGUUUUUUCUUGCCCGCUUGCAUGUCUCUUUGUUAUCCUGUCAAAGUCUCAUGUCUCUUGUCAAUUUCCGUCCAAAUGUCCUUUUCAGUCGACGCGGGACGACGACGCGGCCAGCGGAAUGUACUCCCGCGACGCGUUGAGAAAGUCGUCGACGACGAGAACCGAGACGACGACUGUCCAGGUGUCCUUUGUCCAAUGUCCGUUCUCAUGUCCGUAUUUCAGGAAAAGACGCAACUUCGCAAAACGGUUAAACAGAACGACAAUGGCGAGGUCGACUUCAAGACACUGGUCAAGCUGAAGAAAGUCAAGAAAUCAGCGGGAGCUGGCAAAGAAGCUGACGGUGAAGAGAAAGCUUUCCCACUCGACCGGAACGAAUCGACCUCCAGCUUGUUCUCCAAUGAGUCCAGAAGCCGGAAAGGCUCUAUCGCUGGCCUGAAGGAUGACAAGUCCCAAGCACCCAAUCCUUUCGCCCAACUCAAAAAGACUGGUGGACUCGAAAAGUCCGACUCCACUGCCAGCAUCAAGAAGUUUGAGCUGAAGAAAACUUCGGCCAACAAGGUCGAAGAGCAGGAGUCAGGCUUCAAGGUUCAGCUGAAGAAGGUCGUGAAGAAGGAGUCGAGCGAGGUGAAAACGUCGCUCAAGGAGAGAAAUGGAACUGAUUCUGGAAUCGACACGACGGCCUUCAAGUUGGAGAAACGAGAGCGGACCAAGCUGCAGACCUAUGAGCGGACCGAGAGCCAGAGCAGCGAUGUAUGUGUUUUGUGUAUUUGGUUGCAUGAGAAGUUUGAUGGCCGCAUUUGGAAUAGUUUUUGAGAUUUAGACAUUCUUAUAUUUAUUAUUUUUUUCGGCAAUAUUAGGCACGUUUGGACAAAAUUGCAGCUCCCAAAAAGUUCGGCAUGACGACUUGCAGCUCCCAAAAAUUUUUUACAAUGAAUUUGCUAACCGGUCACCCUAGGGCCACACACAGAUCGAAAGAAAAUAUCCAUUCGUAAAUAAGAAUGUGCAUUUUUACAAUCUCAUAUUCUCAAUGAAAGUAAUUCUAACCCUGAUUUUCCCUAUAACUAAUGGAAUUUUCUGUUUAUGUGUAAGCUUGUCUAUCGAUUCCUUUUCCUUCUCUACCUGUCACUUUUAUUUUUACAAAUGACAAGAUGAAAAAAUAAUCUUAACUUGACCUUUUCCCCCCUACUCAAACCAACUAAAAAUCCGUUCCAGGACGCCGACAAGCCGAAGCGCGUCAGCAUCGCCGUCGACGAAGCCAACAGAGUAACGUCUUCUGAUUUCCUUCGGCAUCCCUCGAUUGACGUGCAACUAACCCUUCAAACCGACUCGAUAACAAAGUGCGUGCCUCCGAAUGUUGCAUCUAACAGUUUUUAUUCGCUCUUUUUUUCAGAAUAUUUCAUAAAUUUUUUUAUUUGUCAUGGUUUUUACAUUUUGUGUGACUUCCGAUUUCAGCAAGCCAAGACUGAGCCGAAAAAGUCGCCCGAACCAGCCGCCGCAGCACCUGCUGAUCCGAAAGCGGCGCUGAAAGGGCGACAAGUCGGCAAGAAGCCGUCGAUCGCGCCGAAAGAAGAGCCGAAGAACCUGCUGACCCAGGUCCAGCUCAAGAAGGUCGUCAAGGGCAAGAAGGAGGAGGCCGCCGAGGCGGACCCGUUCAAACUCCGGAAGGUCUCCAGCGGCAUCCGUCCUCCCGGCGGAGAUGACGACAGCCAGUCCGAGUCGGAAUCGCGCCGCGGGUCGAUCUUCGGCGAGAUGCGCCGAGGGUCCCGUGCCCCGCAAGACGGUCGUGAAGCUAGAGUGAGAAUGAUUGCUGAAGAUUGGGAUUUUGGGAGGGAUUGGAGUAGAAUGGUGGUGGUGGUUCUUGGGACCUAGCCAAUCAGGCUUGAAUUUGGCCAAAUCGUGGCUCUCUUUCCAAAUGAGUUUGAAAAUUCCUGGGGUUUAUUACUACUGAAGAUCUGAAAUCUGAAGUUGAUCAAUUUGGUCUAAAACUUCCUUGAGUUUAAGAAAAGUUCUGAAUUUCUCCAGUUCGGAUCUCACAUUUAUUAAAUUCAAUGGUUCGAAUGAUCUUCCAACUUUGAAUAGUCUUGGAAAAUCUUUAACUCUCAGAAUAGGUAGAAUCUCUGAGUUCAUAUUUUUCGAGGCUACUUUGCUUCAACUGGUAAUUCCGAUUUCAGAGGCUGAAACAUAAAAAAGAAAUAGACUUUUUGAAUUCAAAAAAAUCCUGCUCAUUUUGGUUUCAAGUAUUCUCUAUAACAGUUUUUUUCUUUUUGGUUUUUUUACUGCGAAUCGGCAAAAAUAAGUCUGAAAGAUGUUCAGAAAAAAAUAUAAUUAUAAUUUAAUAAUUUAUAGAAAUGUCCACCGCCACCAUUACUUCCAGAAAAAGUUUGAACAUUUUCGAAAAACUGGUCUUUUACGCUUCGCAUGAAAAUAUAGCUUUUUUUCUUUUCUUUCAUUAUUGAGUGACAUAAGCAUGUUUCAUAUUUUAUAUUCUUGAAAGUUUUCUAGAGAAAAACUUUUAUGAAUCGAUGAUUUUUAGAGACGCUCAAGUAUCGACAUGAGACGCGAAUCGGUGCAAGAAAUCAUGGAUAAGGUAAAUAUUUUUCUGGUUUGUAAAAUCGAAAAUUGGGCUUUUCUAUACUAUGAAUGAGUGAUGGUCGCUUUCAAAAAUGACAAAUUUGAACUGGACAUUUUAUUCUUUUCCAAUUCUCUUGAAAAUUGUUUUUUCAGCAUAGCUCAAAACUUCGAAUUUGAAAAAAAAUUAAGUUCCUUUUUUUAAGAAAAAAUUUUUUUAGGUGUCGACGCCGCUAGUCCCAAGCGGCGCCUCCGGCAGCGCUCCAAAAAUCGUCGAAGUCCCAGAAAAUGUCACCGUCGUUGAGAGUGAGUUCAGAAAGAGUCGUGAAUCAAGAUAACAUUUUGAAACGGUUUUCAAAAGGUUCUGAAAUGAUGAGAAGUUUUAGAAUAUGAAGGAAAAGCGUAAAUUUGGUUUGAAGUGGGUUUUUACUGAAAAACUGCAAUUAUUUGCCAGCCUUAAUUUUUAAUAUAAUCUCGUGGACCAAAAAAACUUCACAUUUAUUUCAAAAUUACAAAAUGCAGUCAAAAAUUCUGGUUCUGAAAAGUAGGCUUGCUUUAUUUCGGUCUGCUUAACUUUUUGGGAGCUGCAUUUUGGUCUGCUUAACUUUUUGAGGGCUGCAAAUUGGUAUUUUUAGCUUCCUCGAAAUCAAUUUCGGUCUGCUUAACUUUUUGGGAGCUGCAUUUUGGUCUGCUUAACUUUUUGGGAGCUGCAUUUCGGUAUUCUUAGAUUCUUUGAAAUCAUUUUUGGUCUGCUUAACUUUUUGGGAGCUGCAUUUUGGUAUUCUUAGCUUCUUUAAAAUCAAUUUUGGUCUGCUUAACUUUUUGGGAGCUGCAUUUUGGUCUGCUCAACUUUUUGGGAGCUGCAUUUUGGUCUGCUUAACUUUUUGGGAGCUGCAUUUUGGUCUGCUCAACUUUUUGGGAGCUGCAUUUUGGUCUGCUUAACUUUUUGAGGGCUGCAAAUUGGUAUUUUUAGCUUCCUCGAAAUCAAUUUCGGUCUGCUUAACUUUUUGGGAGCUGCAUUUUGGUCUGCUUAACUUUUUGGGAGCUGCAUUUCGGUAUUCUUAGAUUCUUUGAAAUCAUUUUUGGUCUGCUUAACUUUUUGGGAGCUGCAUUUUGGUAUUCUUAGCUUCUUUAAAAAUCAAUUUUUGGUCUGCUUAACUUUUUUUGGGAGCUGCAUUUUUGGUCUGCUCAACUUUUUUUGGGAGCUGCAUUUUUGGUCUGCUUAACUUUUUUGAGGGCUGCAAAUUGGUAUUUUUUUAGCUUCCUCGAAAUCAAUUUCGGUCUGCUUAACUUUUUGGGAGCUGCAUUUUGGUCUGCUUAACUUUUUGGGAGCUGCAUUUCGGUAUUCUUAGAUUCUUUGAAAUCAUUUUUGGUCUGCUUAACUUUUUGGGAGCUGCAUUUUGGUAUUCUUAGCUUCUUUAAAAUCAAUUUUGGUCUGCUUAACUUUUUGGGAGCUGCAUUUUGGUCUGCUCAACUUUUUGGGAGCUGCAUUUUGGUCUGCUUAACUUUUUGAGGGCUGCAAAUUGGUAUUUUUAGCUUCCUCGAAAUCAAUUUCGGUCUGCUUAACUUUUUGGGAGCUGCAUUUUGGUCUGCUUAACUUUUUGGGAGCUGCAUUUCGGUAUUCUUAGAUUCUUUGAAAUCAUUUUUUUGGUCUGCUUAACUUUUUGGGAGCUGCAUUUUGGUAUUCUUAGCUUCUUUAAAAUCAAUUUUGGUCUGCUUAACUUUUUGGGAGCUGCAUUUCGGUAUUCUUAGAUUCUUUGAAAUCAUUUUUGGUCUGCUUAACUUUUUGGGAGCUGCAUUUUGGUCUGCUCAACUUUUUGGGAGCUGCAUUUUGGUCUGCUUAGAUUCUUUGAAAUCAUUUUUGGUCUGCUUAACUUUUUGGGAGCUGCAUUUUGGUAUUCUUAGCUUCUUUAAAAUCAAUUUUGGUCUGCUUAACUUUUUGGGAGCUGCAUUUUGGUCUGCUCAACUUUUUGGGAGCUGCAUUUUGGUCUGCUUAACUUUUUGAGGGCUGCAAAUUGGUAUUUUUAGCUUCCUCGAAAUCAAUUUCGGUCUGCUUAACUUUUUGGGAGCUGCAUUUUGGUCUGCUUAACUUUUUGGGAGCUGCAUUUCGGUAUUCUUAGAUUCUUUGAAAUCAUUUUUGGUCUGCUUAACUUUUUGGGAGCUGCAUUUUGGUAUUCUUAGCUUCUUUAAAAUCAAUUUUGGUCUGCUUAACUUUUUGGGAGCUGCAUUUUCGGUAUUCUUAGAUUCUUUGAAAUCAUUUUUUUGGUCUGCUUAACUUUUUUGGGAGCUGCAUUUUGGUCUGCUCAACUUUUUUUGGGAGCUGCAUUUUGGUCUGCUUAACUUUUUGGGAGCUGCAUUUCGGUAUUCUUAGAUUCUUUGAAAUCAUUUUUGGUCUGCUUAACUUUUUGGGAGCUGCAUUUUGGUAUUCUUAGCUUCUUUAAAAUCAAUUUUGGUCUGCUUAACUUUUUGGGAGCUGCAUUUCGGUAUUCUUAGAUUCUUUGAAAUCAUUUUUGGUCUGCUUAACUUUUUGGGAGCUGCAUUUUGGUCUGCUCAACUUUUUGGGAGCUGCAUUUUGGUCUGCUUAGAUUCUUUGAAAUCAUUUUUUGGUCUGCUUAACUUUUUUGGGAGCUGCAUUUUUGGUAUUCUUAGCUUCUUUAAAAUCAAUUUUUGGUCUGCUUAACUUUUUUUGGGAGCUGCAUUUUGGUCUGCUCAACUUUUUUUGGGAGCUGCAUUUUUGGUCUGCUUAACUUUUUUUGAGGGCUGCAAAUUGGUAUUUUUUUAGCUUCCUCGAAAUCAAUUUUCGGUCUGCUUAACUUUUUUUGGGAGCUGCAUUUUUGGUCUGCUUAACUUUUUGGGAGCUGCAUUUUCGGUAUUCUUAGAUUCUUUGAAAAUCAUUUUUGGUCUGCUUAACUUUUUUUGGGAGCUGCAUUUUGGUAUUCUUAGCUUCUUUAAAAAUCAAUUUUUGGUCUGCUUAACUUUUUUUGGGAGCUGCAUUUCGGUAUUCUUAGAUUCUUUGAAAUCAUUUUUUUGGUCUGCUUAACUUUUUUUGGGAGCUGCAUUUUUGGUCUGCUCAACUUUUUGGGAGCUGCAUUUUUGGUCUGCUUAACUUUUUUUGAGGGCUGCAAUUUGGUAUUCUUUUAGCUUCUUUAAAAUCAAUUUUGGUCUGCUUAACUUUUUGGGAGCUGCAUUUCGGUAUUCUUAGAUUCUUUGAAAUCAUUUUUGGUCUGCUUAACUUUUUGAGGGCUGCAAAUUGGUAUUUUUAGCUUCCUUGAAAUCAAUUUUGGUCUGCUCAACUUUUGGGAGCUGCAUUUUGGUAUUCUUAGAUUCUUUGAAAUCAUUUUUGGUCUGCUUAACUUUUUGGGAGCUGCAUUUCGGUAUUUUUAGAUUCCUUGAAAUCAUUUUUGGUCUGCUUAACUUUUUGGGAGCUGCAUUUCGGUAUUCUUAGAUUCUUUGAAAUCAUUUUUGGUCUGCUUAACUUUUUGGGAGCUGCAUUUCGGUAUUUUUAGAUUCCUUGAAAUCAUUUUUGGUCUGCUUAACUUUUUGGGAGCUGCAUUUUGGUCUGCUCAACUUUUUGGGAGCUGCAUUUUUGGUAUUCUUAGCUUCUUUAAAAUCAAUUUUUGGUCUGCUUAACUUUUUUUGGGAGCUGCAUUUUUGGUAUUCUUAGCUUCUUUAAAAUCAAUUUUUGGUCUGCUCAACUUUUUGGGAGCUGCAUUUUUGGUAUUCUUAGCUUCUUUAAAAUCAAUUUUUGGUCUGCUUAACUUUUUUUGGGAGCUGCAUUUCGGUAUUCUUAGAUUCUUUGAAAAUCAUUUUUUUGGUCUGCUUAACUUUUUGGGAGCUGCAUUUCGGUAUUUUUUUAGAUUCCUUGAAAUCAUUUUUUUGGUCUGCUUAACUUUUUUUGGGAGCUGCAUUUUUGGUCUGCUCAACUUUUGGGAGCUGCAUUUUGGUAUUCUUAGCUUCUUUAAAAUCAAUUUAGGUCUGCUUAACUUUUUGGGAGCUGCAUUUUGGUAUUCUUAGCUUCUUUAAAAUCAAUUUUGGUCUGCUUAACUUUUUGGGAGCUGCAUUUUGGUCUGCUCAACUUUUUGGGAGCUGCAUUUUGGUCUGCUUAACUUUUUGAGGGCUGCAAAUUGGUAUUUUUAGCUUCCUUGAAAUCAAUUUUGGUCUGCUUAACUUUUUGGGAGCUGCAUUUCGGUAUUCUUAGAUUCUUUGAAAUCAUUUUUGGUCUGCUUAACUUUUUGGGAGCUGCAUUUUGGUCUGCUCAACUUUUGGGAGCUGCAUUUUGGUAUUCUUAGCUUCUUUAAAAUCAAUUUUGGUCUGCUUAACUUUUUGGGAGCUGCAUUUCGGUAUUCUUAGAUUCUUUGAAAUCAUUUUUGGUCUGCUUAACUUUUUGGGAGCUGCAUUUCGGUAUUUUUAGAUUCCUUGAAAUCAUUUUUGGUCUGCUUAACUUUUUGGGAGCUGCAUUUUGGUCUGCUCAACUUUUGGGAGCUGCAUUUUGGUAUUCUUAGCUUCUUUAAAAUCAAUUUUGGUCUGCUUAACUUUUUGGGAGCUGCAUUUUGGUAUUCUUAGCUUCUUUAAAAUCAAUUUUGGUCUGCUUAACUUUUUGGGAGCUGCAUUUUGGUCUGCUCAACUUUUUGGGAGCUGCAUUUUGGUCUGCUUAACUUUUUGAGGGCUGCAAAUUGGUAUUUUUAGCUUCCUUGAAAUCAAUUUUGGUCUGCUUAACUUUUUGGGAGCUGCAGUUUGGUCUGCUAAACUUUUUGGGAGCUGCAUUUUGGUCUGCUUAACUUUUUGAGGGCUGCAAAUUGAUAUUUUUAGCUUCCUUGAAAUCAAUUUCGGUCUGCUUAACUUUUUGGGAGCUGCAUUUUGGUCUGCUUAACUUUUGGAAGCUGCAAAUUGGCAAUCUUACAAAUUUAGAGCUUCCUCAGAAAACAAAACUUAUCAUUUUCGGUGAAAUUUACAGACGAAACGGCGAUCCUGACAUGCAAAGUCACGGGUAGUCCCGCCCCGACUUUCAAAUGGUUCAAAGGCAACCGCGAGGUGAUCAACGGCGGCCGCUUCAAACACAUCACCGAUGGAGAAGCCGGCACCGUCUCCCUCGCCAUGCUCAAGUGCCGAUCGCAAGUCCGUCCAUGAGUCAUAAUCCAUUUAUCUUCUCUUUAAAAUUGGAAAAAAAGAAUCAUUAUUAUCAUUGUCGAAUUUCACUCUGAUCAUUCAGGAUGAUGGUCCCUACACUCUUACGGUCGAAAACGCAAACGGCACUGACACCGCCGUCGUGAAGCUUCUGGUCACGGCCGAAGACGGCCUCGACUUUAGAUCAAUGUUGAAGCACAGGUAUGAAAAUAAGAGAAUAGAAUAUAUUCCUGUUCAUGGAAGAUGCUAA